ACCGACCCUCCACCGGUGGCCAUUGACGAUUUCGGCGGCGACAAAGCGAUCGCCAGGGAGUGCGGUAGCAGGGCAACAGGCCAAGGAGGAUUGAGCAGAGAAAAGAAGAAAAAGAGAAGGUUUCAGUGGCCUGUGGUGCCUCGGAGACUUCCACGCUGUAGCGGGACCCAAGUUUGAGAGAAGACCCGCAAUCUCGACAGACACCUUUAGAUUCGGUUUAACGACCUCCAUUCGCAACGCACCUCGCCUCAACCACCCCUCACUCCCCUCUUCCUCCCACCACCACAGCGAUCAUGUUUCGCACCUCAGCACGCCAACUGGCGCGCUGUUCAAGACUGCCAUUACGGCCAUUAGCACGACCGGCAUUCCGCGUCGCCCGCUUUCCCCACGUCACACCCGCAGCAACCCACCUCGCCGCCAGAUUCAAGUCGACCAACUCGCCGAAACCCGAAGACGAGAGCGAGACUCCAGACCAGCCGCCGAAGAAACAGGACGAUGCCACCGAUGGGAUGCGAGAACCCCGCGCGCCUCGACGGCCACCGCCCCCGGGGUUCGUGCGCCUGACCAAGGAAGAACAGCAGGUACUCGACCAGAUUAUGGGAACAUUUCCGUCGCAAAGCCAGCGGAGUGAAAUACAGGAAAUAUUUAAAAGCUUCGAGGAAAUCGGCGUUCCGGAGGAGCUUCGGGAAAUCCUGCGACGCAAAAUGAACGGGCAGCUUGGCAUGAUGGAUGCUUUGAAGAUUCCCAAGAUCGCGUACAAGAUGGCGUCGGAACUCGAUGCAAUGGACCGGGAUUCGGUAAACAAGGCGCCGGACUUUACCUCGAAUAGGCCGGGGGAGGAGAAGGAACAAGGUUCUAGCAGUGCGCAACAAGGACCGGAAGGGGAGCAACAAGAGCAGCAACAGGGGCAACAACAACAGCAGCAGAAGCAGCAAAGGCAGCAAAAGCAGUCGGGCCAACAGAAGAAAAAGAAGCAAGGGGGUGCCGACCAACCACCGCCGCCGCGCCGCUUCGACGCCUCCGACCCGGUGACGUGGAUCAUCAGCGCCGUCCUGCUGUACCCCUUCUACACCAUGUUUUUCUCCUCCGAGUCCUCGCGCGAGAUCACCUGGCAGGAGCUGCGCAAGAACUUCUUGGACCGGGGCCUGGUCGAGAAGCUCGUCGUGGUCGACAGGCGCGUGCGGGUCGAGCUCAACCGGGAUGCCGUCCGGAACAUGUAUCCCGACUCCCAGGCGGCAAACCCCAACUUCGUCUACUACUUCUCCAUCGGCUCCGUCGACGCCUUUGAGCGGAGGCUAGACGAAGCCCAGCAGGAGCUCGGCGUCCCCAGCACCGAGAGGAUACCGGUGAGCUAUGCCCAGGAGGGCAUGGCGGCUAACCUCCUGAUGGCGUUUGGGCCGACCAUCCUGAUCGUCGGUCUGCUCGCCUGGGUGUCGCGCCGGGCUGGUGGUAUGAGCGGCGGCUCAAGCGGCAUGUUUGGGUUCGGGAAGAGCAAGGCCAAGAUGUUCAACCACGACCAGUCGGUCAAGGUUAAGUUCGCCGAUGUGGCGGGCAUGGACGAGGCUAAGACCGAGAUCAUGGAGUUCGUCAGCUUCUUGAGGACGCCCGAGCGGUUCCAGAGGCUAGGUGCCAAGAUCCCCCGCGGUGCCAUUCUUUCUGGUCCUCCCGGUACCGGUAAGACGCUCCUCGCCAAGGCGACGGCCGGCGAGUCGCAGGUGCCCUUCUACAGCGUCAGCGGUUCCGAGUUCGUCGAGAUGUUUGUCGGUGUGGGUGCCUCCCGUGUCAGGGAUCUCUUCGCCACGGCGCGCAAGAACGCACCCUGCAUCAUCUUUAUUGACGAGAUCGACGCGGUUGGCAAGUCUCGUGCCGAUGGCGGCGGGUUCAAGGGCGGCGGCAACGACGAGCGCGAGGCCACGCUCAACCAGAUUCUGACGGAGAUGGACGGCUUCAACACCUCGGAGCAAGUCGUGGUCCUUGCUGGCACCAACAGGCCCGACAUUCUGGAUAAGGCUCUGAUGCGGCCCGGUCGUUUCGACAGGCACAUCCACAUCGACAGGCCGACCAUGAAGGGCCGCAAGUCGAUCUUCAAGGUGCAUCUGCAGAAGAUUCUGACCAAGGAGGACAUGGACUACCUGACGGGCCGUCUCGCUGCUCUGACACCGGGCUUCGCUGGCGCUGACAUUGCCAACGCCGUGAACGAAGCUGCGCUUAUUGCCGCCAGAGCCAACGCCGCCACCGUUGAGAUGAUCCACUUCGAGCAGGCCAUCGAACGUGUUGUCGGCGGUCUCGAGCGCAAGUCUCUGGUCCUCAGCCCGGAGGAGAAGCGUACGGUGGCUUACCACGAGGCCGGGCACGCCAUCUGCGGCUGGUUCUUCCGGUGGGCCGACCCGCUGCUGAAGGUGUCCAUCAUCCCGCGCGGGCAAGGCGCGCUCGGGUACGCGCAGUACCUGCCCGCCGGCGACGCCUACCUGAUGAACACCAACCAGCUGAUGGACCGCAUGGCCAUGACGCUGGGCGGGCGCGUGUCGGAGGAGCUCCACUUCCCGACGGUGACGACGGGGGCGAGCGACGACUUCAAGAAGGUCACGCGCAUGGCCACGACCAUGGUGACGCAGUGGGGCAUGUCGGACAAGCUGGGCCCGCUGCACUUUGAGAACGACCAGAACCAGCUGCACAAGCCGUUCGCCGAGUCGACGGCGCAGGCCAUCGACGCCGAGGUCCGCCGCAUCGUCGACGAGGCCUACAAGCAGUGCAAGGACCUGCUGAUCGCCCGCAAGAAGGAGAUCGGCAUCGUCGCCGAGGAGCUGCUCCGCAAGGAGAUGCUGACCCGCGACGACCUCGUCCGCCUGCUCGGCCCCCGCGAGUGGCCCGAGAAGGAGGAGUUCGCCAAGUUCUUCGACAACCGCCAGGGCAAGAAGAGCGCCCCGCCCCCGUUCCCCACCGAGAGCACCGACACGCCCGACGAGGCGCAGCCGGCCUUGUUUGACGAGAAGAAGCCGACUGACGGCGAGAGUAAGAGGUGAAAGACGAAAGCGGGGUGAAUGAGCCGGAUAGGUGACAAGACAAGAGAGAGGCGCAACCCGCGUUGCGGUCGGUCGGUCGGUCGGGCGGAUCCCCGACCCUGUCCUCCAUAAAAGCUACUCAACUCGUACAUGUUUGUAUCAUUAGGUAUGGCGCAUUGCAGCAGGGAGGAAAAGGGGAGAGCGAGCUGCUAGAAAGAAGGCCUUUUGUUUUCUUGGUUCCCUCCUCUCUUGUUUUCUCCGUUAGCAUCAUCAGCAGCAGCAGCAAGGCAAGCGACAGCCGGGGGCAGGCAGUGCGGGAAGUGGAUAGACUAGUUGCG